GAGAGCAGCGAGAGCUGAUCGUGGCUGAGCCCCCCCCGCCGCCGGACCAUCGGUCUCCAUCCGCCCCGCGUCGCCGCCCUCGCCCUCGCCCCACGGACAUGGACGACCGGGAGGACCUCGUCUACCAGGCUAAGCUGGCCGAGCAGGCCGAGCGCUACGAUGAAAUGGUUGAAUCAAUGAAGAAAGUGGCUGGAAUGGAUGUGGAGCUGACAGUCGAGGAAAGAAAUUUGCUGUCUGUUGCGUAUAAAAAUGUGAUUGGUGCCAGAAGAGCCUCCUGGAGAAUAAUCAGCAGCAUUGAGCAGAAGGAAGAGAACAAAGGUGGGGAAGACAAACUGAAGAUGAUCCGGGAGUAUCGGCAAAUGGUUGAGACUGAAUUGAAACUAAUCUGUUGUGAUAUUCUGGACGUACUGGACAAACACCUCAUUCCAGCAGCCAAUACUGGUGAAUCGAAGGUUUUCUAUUAUAAAAUGAAAGGGGACUACCACAGGUAUCUCGCUGAGUUCGCCACAGGAAAUGACCGGAAGGAAGCAGCCGAGAACAGCUUGGUGGCUUAUAAAGCUGCUAGUGAUAUUGCAAUGACAGAACUUCCUCCAACACAUCCCAUCCGCCUAGGACUUGCCCUCAACUUCUCCGUUUUCUACUAUGAAAUCCUUAAUUCUCCUGAUCGUGCCUGCAGGUUGGCAAAAGCCGCUUUUGAUGACGCAAUUGCAGAACUGGAUACGCUGAGCGAAGAAAGUUAUAAGGAUUCUACACUUAUCAUGCAGUUGUUACGUGAUAACCUGACACUAUGGACUUCAGACAUGCAGGGUGAUGGUGAGGAACAGAGUAAAGAAGCGCUGCAGGAUGUGGAAGACGAGACCCAGUGAGAUAUUCAAGGCCAACAAAAGACCCCAUCUUUGUCCCCCUU